AUGGGUUCUAAUAUGCAGCGUCAAGCAGUUCCACUUGUUCAACCUGAGAAGUGUAUUGUCGAAACUGGAUUGGAGGGUCAAGCAUUUCACGGGAGGAUCCACUUUGAAUUUGAUAAAUGCAUUGCUUGUGAAGUAUGCGUCCGUGUAUGCCCGAUCAAUCUACCUAUUGUGGAUUGGAAAGUCGGAAUAGAUAUUGGGAAAAAACGAUUGGAAAAUUAUAGUAUUGAUUUUGGAAUUUGUAUCUUUUGUGGAAAUUGUGUGGAAUAUUGCCCUACAAAUUGUCUGGCGAUGACUGAAGAAUAUGAACUUUCGACCUAUGAUCGUCAUAAAUUAAAUUAUGAUCAUAUUGCUUUAAGGACGUUUACCAAUAUCGCUGUUGCACAAAUCCUGAUCUACAUUAGAGCUGUUAAUAUUUUGAUUCUAUUUGCCGUGACUCAAAAAUCAGAUCAAAUGUUAGAACGAGAUUUAACAAACAAUAUUCAACGUAUUGGGGUUCAUUUAUCCACUGAUUUUUUCCUUCCAUUCGAACUUAUUUCUAUAAUUCUUCUAGUCACUCUUAUAGGAACCAUUACUAUAGCUCGUCGAGAAGAAACAGUUUGA